GUCGUUUUUAGGGUUCAUUCUAAAAAAAAACACGCCGACACCAUAGCCUCUCUUUUUCUCGUCUCUCUCCCUUGUCAAACGAGUCAUCGUUUAUUCAAUUGAAGCUUCAAUCGCUCCCGUUACCGAUCGUUCUGUUCAAUCGAAGGUUCAAUCAGUAGGCUCAAUCGAUCGUUUUCUUCCCGUUACCGAUCAUUCGUUCAGCCGAUCGUUCAAUCAGUAAGCUUCAAUAAAGACUCUCCGUUGCCAACACCGAGCGAUCUAACAGAUUGGGGUUGCGAAAUGGCCAUACACUCGAUUUUUGUGUGGUUUGUAGAUGAAGUGGAAUUUACUACUCUUAAGCCUUAAACCCUAGAAUUUCAUAAGCGUCUCUUCUCACAAUUUCGAUCGUCUCAUUAUUGUCUCUUCCAUCUCGCUCUUAGCUCUGUCGCUGCUACUCUAUAUUCAGGUGAAUUCAUAUAACUCUUAAAGGAUGGUUGAAACGUUGUUUGAAGAUAUAUUUAGGGUUGAUCAGCUUGACCCUGAUGGCAAGAAAUUUGACAAAGUUAAUCGUAUUGAAGCAAGAAGCGAUCAAUUUGAUAUGUACAUGCAGCUGGAUGUGAAUACAGAUGUUUAUCCUAUGCAUGUUGGUGAGAAAUUUAUGAUGGUUCUAGCAACUACCUUGAACUUGGAUGGAACUCCUGACAGUGGAUUCUUUUCUCCUGGUGGGCGAAAGUCGCUUGCUGACAAGUUUGACUAUGUGAUGCAUGGAAAGUUGUAUAGGAUCAAUGAAGAAGGUUCAGGAGCUAAUGUUAAAGCGGACAUUUAUGUCUCAUUUGGUGGUUUAUUGAUGUUGUUGAGGGGUGACCCUUCGAUUGCAGCUAAGUUUGAGCUUGAUCAGAGGCUAUUCAUCCUCAUGAGGAAGGUGGACAAGGCUUAGUUGUUCAACAUAUAUCUCAAUCAGGAUGAUACCAAAGUAAUGAGAAUUAAUAAAUAAAAAUCAGAUGUAAAAUAUGUUGACAAUUUUAACUUCUCAUACAUUGUAUGUUUACCCUUUGAAGUGAAGAUAUUUGUCAUAUCACUUAAAGCAUAGGUUAUUUUUCAAGUAUUUUUCACUUUCAAUAAAUGUUUAUUGUCUAUGCGCAUACAUGAUUAAGAAAUAACACUUAGGUGUGUUUGGUUCA